AAGUUCCAUGAAGAGGCUCGAAGAACACUGGACCCUCGCGAACCUAGUGGGCUAGUCGGCUGAAGCAGCAGGCACAACUUUUACCAGGGUUGUGUUUAUUUAUCCGAGCUGUGCGGUCUCCAGAGCAAAGUUACACUCCAGAAUUCAGCACCGGAGCUGUCCAGCCUCCGCGCCUUCAGCUCGCGCCUCACAAACAACGCUGUUUGCUCGGCUGCGGAAUAUUUGUUUAACGGGGUUACACACUGUACACUGACCGCCGCGAUUACACACACGUAGCGUUCACCGACGAAAGCAAAUCUUGAAAUGACUGCUGGCAGUGCGUGAGAGGAGCUGAGAAGAAAUCGAGUCCCAAGUACCGGAGCACCAUCCCAUUUCCUUCAGCCAUGGGUGUGCUGAUGUCCAAGAAGCAGCAGGUGGAGAAGGUGCAGAAGUGCAGCGCGGUUGUGUCUGCGUUUAAAGACGGUCUGAAGGACCGAGCGGCCCCAGCGGCUGCGGCCCCGACCGAAGAGGUCAUAGCCGAGAACGGGGACGGAUCUGCUGAUGGAUCCCACCAGGCUAACAAAGAGCACACUGAACAGAAAGACAAGGACAGCAAAGCAGGGUCAUUACCAAAUCAGCAGGCCUCAGCUCCGCCCAGAGAGGAGCACAAGGCCAAUCAGGAGGCUUGGGGGCGGCUCCGUGAUGGGAAGGGGGUGGAGCCUGAGGAUCUAAAGAAGGCACAUCAGCUCAUACCUCCUGCAUUUGUGCGGCCAAAAAGAGAGGUCAACGACGACCAACCUGUAGACGUGCCACUUGGGCAAAGAGAGCAGCCCAUCAACGAUGAGAUGUGCGAGGUGUGUGAGGUUUGGACGGCAGACGAUCUGUUCCCCUGCCGGAUGUGCACACGGGUCUUCCAUGACGGCUGUCUGCGGGAGAUGGGUUACCUGAGCACUGAAGCCCUGCAGGAAAUGAGAGAGACAGCCCACACCACCACCGGCUGGAGCUGCUAUUACUGCGAUAAUGUGAACCUGCUGCUUACUGAAGAAGAGAUGUACAGUCUGAUGGAAACCUUCAAGCAGUGCAAGAUCAUCCCAGAGUCAUGCCUGGUGUCAGAUGAACUCCUGCAGUACAGGCACUUUGUGACCAAGCAGCUUUUUGAAAGAGAUUUGACCGAUGAGGAGGAAGAGGAGGUUCUGGCCCAGUUUGCAGCUCUGGAUCCAGAGAAGAAAGGUCAGAUCGAGUGGUCUGACUUCCUCUACCACGAGUCACUUUCAAUGCUGCAGAAGUUCCGAACUGAGAAUUCGCUGGUGAGAAUCCUCACAGCGAAGGAGAGGGAUCGAGCACGGGCCGUAUUUCAGAGUAUAGACCAGGACAAAGAUGGGAUCAUCACUGCCGGAGAAGCCAGAAAAGCCCAAACCUCCUGGUUCCACAAGAUCAACAAAGAAUCACAGUCCUGCAAUGUCAGACUCAUGGGAUUGUGUUCCCCUUUGUUCAGUACGGGCAUCAGCCAUGUUGGUCCAAUAUCUGAGAGCAGUCCUGCCAGUUCCAGCAGCGAGAGAAGCAGAGAUAAAGCCAUGGAGAAUGACAACAGACCAGUUACCUGGGACAACUUCCUGAGGGAGAGCGCUAUCUACAUCCUGGCCGCCAGGCCCAACAGCUCAGCCAUGCACAUCCGUUUGCCACUCUAACUGCGGCUGCAUAGCCUGAGACUUCCAGAGGGGCUUCCCGGGUCCUGAUUCACAAGAGAGCUGUGCUGAGGACUAAACCGAGAGUCACGCGAGAGUCAAAAGCAAACGAGUAUGCCACCACACGCUAAGACUGUACAAGCCAUUGACGGAUUCUUCCUCUAGUGACACAAUCUAGCGACACACUGACAAAUUCAACGCUACUGAACAAUAGCACAUCUGUCACCACUUCUUGAGCUUUUACGAGCUUUUAUGAUUUUGAUUUUUGUGACCAAGUAACUCGAUCAGAGAACCUGCUGCGAGAAACACUGUCACACAUUAGUAAAUUUACAGCACCACAGUGUUUGGGUAGUGCUUUUGAUGUUAACGUGUUGUAUCAUUUUUGAGUUGCGGCUCAAGCCAGACGAGUGUUGAUCGAUGGAUCGAUGUGAAAGCAGUGGUUGAAUCAUUGCUGAUCUAAUUUUAGUCACCACAAAAAAUUAUUAUAAUAUAGUGGGCAACGGUGCCACACAGGAAUCAAAGAGAGAUGCUAUAUAUAUAAAGAUGCUAUAUACAGUCUAUAUACAUAAUAUACAAAAUAUUGUAUGUGUAUUUAUUCCCAUACCUUCAAGGAUGGAUUAUGGACCGGGUCAAGGAGCUUCCAGACUGCCAGGGCCCUAAAGCUGAAAUGCACAAAAACAAGGGAAAUGUAAAAUUGUUAUUGACAGACAAAUGCUACUUGUCCUUAAGAUACUGUAGUAAGACGAUUAACAUCAAUUUGAGAUUUCAGUCACUUGACAAAUCGCAUUUGCAAGUCAUAGUUAUGAGAAGCUGUAAUUCUUUUUUUACUUUCAUACUGUGAAAGUGAAACAUGAUAUGUAAUAAGAAAAAAAUAGAGUGGAAUUUAGUUUUAUCUGUGAGGACAUGAUUGAAUUUUGAAAUAUGAUCUUUGUUUCUAAAACCUAGUGAGCUGCCAAUUUAGGCAGUGUUUUAAGGCACCGUAGGUAUGUUACUGUCUCAAAAUCUGUUACAAAAAGCAGCAUAAAUUAGCAAAUAAACAGUAAACAUUUGAUAAAAAUGAUUUUAAUUUAAUUUGAAAAAGGUAAAUUUACUCAGUAUUUGUUUAUGUAUAUUUAUGGUUUUAAGAGUGUUGAUUUGUUAGCUUAGCAUCAUGUUAUUCAAAUUAAUUGAAUUAGGUCUUUUAAUUAUGAUAUUUUUAAAGAUGUAAUUAAAACUGAUUAUUGUUAGCUUAACAACAUGUUAAUUCCAAACUCUAUUAAAAAAUGAGUCAAGUCAUAAUUAUGAAUUUUUAGGUAUUCCAUUAUGACUUACAAUAUUAAAAUAAUACAAAUAAAAAUUGAAUAAUAUAUCUAAUUACAUUUUUUUUAAUAUUUAAUAUUUUUGUGUUCUCUGUUCUAAGGUUUUAGAGUGCUAUGUCAUUAGCUUAGCUUAGCAACUUGCUGAUUCCAAACUGUUGAAAUCAAGAGUCAAGAUUCAGUGUAAUUAUGCUUCUAAGGUACCUCAUUUUGAGUUAUAAUUAUUUUAAUAGUAAUAUAAUCUGAUAAAUUAUAAAAUAAUUAUAAUUAAAGAUCUCCAAUCUAUUUUAUCAAAAUAUUAGUUAUAUAUUUUUAUACCUGUCAGAGCACUGUGUUGUUAGCUUAGCAUCAUGCUAAUGCCAGACUCAAUUAUGAGUCAUGUAUAUCCCAUGUGCUUCAUUUAAUAAUCAUAGUUCCUAUGAAAAUCAAUUCAGAUUGGUCACUUUUAUUGUUUUAUGUCAAGAUUCUGUCUUAAAGCAAAGCAGCUCACUAGGCUGAUAUUAAGUCUUAAUUAUGAGAAAUAUUUUUAAGAAACAAUUGUUGAGUGUAAAGUCAUAAUUACGAUUUAUAACAUCUCAUUUUAGAAUUUUUUUUUUUUUAUCCCUGGGGAAAAGGUAACAAAAUGUGGCCUCGUAGGACCAUAAUCCUUCCUUGUACCUUGUGUCAUGACCUGUUGUUUUAAUGUUUGAUUUGAUGUUUCUUUUAACUCACAAAUUAUUACAUUUUACUGGGUCUGUAAAAAAAAUGUAACACCUGUAGAAUUGACAUUACUCUGUGUUUAGCUGAAACAGCUCAUGCAAACAUACAAUCUUCCAAAACAUGCAUUGAAAUGCUAAUUUAAAGGCAAGAGCCCUCGAAAUGUUAGAACUUACUGCCUAAACAAAACUGACUCAGAGAUCUUCCUUCCUUCUUUCCUCCUUGAUUCCUUUCCUUCCUUACUUCCUUGUUUAUUCAUGUUGAAUUUGUUCUUAGAGCUGGUGCAGAUGAAAACACUUUCUAAUAUCUAAAACUUUUUUAUUCUUAGACGUAAAUCAUGCACCUGGUUUUACACUCAUUAUAUCAAACUGUGUGAGGGGUAUGAAACAUAUCCACUCUUGUUUAUAUGGUCAUAUCCACUGUAUUUGCUUAUAGAACGUUUGUGUUGAAUUGCUCAAGGCAGUAAUUUGAAGGGACUGUGCAAUACUCUGAGUUUUGCUGAUAGUGAAAUAAACGCAUGAUGUUAACUUCAAAAAUUA